AGGAAACCUCUCUGCUGCUGCUGCUCUGUGUGACCUCACUGCUGAGCUGCACAACAAACCAAGCCUCUCUGACUGUGAGUCCCAGCAGCUCUCAGAUGUUUGAAGGACAGUCUGUCUCUCUGAGCUGUGAGGAGGACGACAGCUCUGCUGGAUGGACUCUGAGGAGGAACACAAGCGAUGAAACCAGAGCAGAGUGCGGAGCUGACUGGGGAAAACCUGCUGGUUCUGUCUGUAACAUCGUCUUCAUCGUCCCAUGGGACAGUGGAGUUUACUGGUGUGAGUCCAGAGAGGGAGCAACCAGUAAGAGCAUCACCAUCAGUGUCACUGGUGGAUCAGUGAUCCUGCAGAGUCCUGUCCUCCCUGUGAUGGAGGGACAUGAUGUCACUCUGCACUGUAAAACAAAGACGUCCUCCAACCUCCCAGCUGCUUUCUAUAAAGAUGGCUCCUUCAUCAGGACUGAGCCUGCAGGUCACAUGACCAUCCGCCAUGUAACCAGGUCUGAUGAAGGCCUCUACAAGUGUGACAUCACAGGUCAUGGAGAGUCUCCACCCAGCUGGCUCACUGUCACAGGUAGACCUACAACCACAGCUCCACCUCUUACAUUGACCCUGCCCACAUCUGCAGCCCCGCCCACAUCUGCAGCCCCGCCCCCUGACUCAGACCACCUCCACCUUGUGUUCAGAGUGCUCUAUUACCUGGUGGUGUUCUGUCCUUACUUCACCUCCACUUUCAUCAUGGUGUCUUUAUAUCGUCAACGACCCACAGGAAAUGACCUGCCUGUCUCCAUGGUGAUAACCCCGCCCACCCAGGUUGAGGAGGGAUUGGAUGAUGAGUAUGAUGAUGUCAUCACUGCUGUCACCACGGAGCAUCACGUCUGAACUGAUGUGAAAUGAAGCUAAAAUGUUUCAGGUCCUUGGUAGAUGAGAAACAGUGGAGGACCCAGAACGCUUCCCUGUGGAACUCCACAUGUUGUAGUUUGACUUGUAGAUGAUGUUGAACUCAGGAUCUCUGACUCUCUUUAAACUCUUCCAAUCUUCUAAUGUGAGCAGCUGUGUGUCAGGUUCAGUGGAGCCUGAGAACUCAGGGUGACUCAGUUAAAGCUGACUCAUGAUUCAGGCCCCUGGACAGAUGUCCUGAUGUGUUUACUGUCGACGAACCAGUUGACAUGUUUUUGGUCCAAAUUAAAGCUGAUAG